CAGCUGCGCCCGGCCCUGGCCCGGCUUGGCCCGGCCCUGGCCUCCGAGCGAAGGCGCCGCUGCCGCCUGGGCCGCUCCGAGGGCCAUGAGGAGGCGGCGGCAGCCACUGCGGCCCGCGUCAAGGUGACCGGCCGGGACUGCGGCGGCGGCGAGAGCGAGCGACCUGCCUGCCUGCCAGUCCAUCUGUCCAUCCGCCGUCCAUCCAUCCAUCUACCCACCCACCCUCGCAUCCAUCCAGUCCUUGUUCAGGGCCUGCUGAGUGCUAGCACUGUGCCGAGUGUGGGGCUGCAGUAGAGGAAAGAGACAAGUCUGGUCCUUGCUGUCUUUUGGCCCGCAGUCUAGUAGUGAAGUCAAGACUUCUCCAGACAGGUUAUGUCACCGACAGAGGCUGCCCUGAAGCUCCCUGUGGCCCGGAGACUAUGUACAAGAAGAAUGGUCUGAUGGCUAGCGUGCUGGUCACCUCUGCCACUCCACAGGGCAGCAGCAGCUCAGACUCUCUGGAGGGCCAGGGCUGCGACUAUGCCAGCAAGAGCUACGAUGCCGUUGUCUUCGAUGUCCUGAAAGUGACUCCCGAGGAGUUUGCUAGCCAGAUCACAUUAAUGGACAUACCCGUGUUUAAAGCCAUCCAGCCGGAGGAACUAGCCAGCUGUGGAUGGAGUAAGAAGGAGAAACAUAGUCUCGCUCCCAACGUCGUGGCCUUUACCCGGAGGUUUAACCAGGUCAGUUUUUGGGUUGUACGAGAAAUUCUAACAGCACAGACUUUAAAAAUAAGGGCAGAAAUCCUGAGCCAUUUUGUGAAAAUAGCCAAGAAACUUCUAGAACUCAACAACCUUCAUUCUCUCAUGUCUGUGGUGUCAGCAUUACAAAGUGCACCCAUCUUCAGGCUGACAAAAACCUGGGCUCUGUUGAAUCGAAAAGACAAGACCACCUUUGAGAAAUUGGACUACCUGAUGUCUAAAGAAGAUAAUUACAAGCGGACUCGGGAAUAUAUCCGAAGCCUGAAGAUGGUUCCCAGUAUUCCCUAUCUAGGCAUCUAUCUUCUGGAUUUAAUCUACAUUGAUUCUGCAUAUCCUGCCUCAGGCAGCAUCAUGGAAAACGAACAAAGAUCCAAUCAGAUGAACAAUAUUCUCCGAAUAAUUGCGGAUUUACAAGUUUCCUGCAGCUACGACCACCUCACAACCCUGCCCCACGUGCAGAAGUACCUGAAGUCCGUGCGCUACAUUGAAGAGCUCCAGAAGUUUGUGGAAGACGACAACUACAAACUGUCGCUCAGAAUUGAACCAGGAAGCAGCUCCCCGAGACUAGUCUCCUCCAAGGAAGACCUUGCAGCCCCCGCCAGCGGCUCCAGUUCUGCGAGGUUCAGCCGGCGGCCCACCUGUCCUGACACAUCCGUGGCUGGCAGCCUCCCCACGCCCCCAGUUCCGAGACACAGGAAGAGCCACAGCCUGGGCAACAACAGGGGACGUCUCUAUGCCACGCUGGGGCCCAACUGGCGGGUUCCAGUUCGGAAUUCUCCCAGAACCCGGAGCUGCGUCUACAGCCCCACCGGCCCGUGCAUCUGUACGCUGGGGAGCUCGGUGGCGGUCCCCACCAUGGAGGGGCCUCUGAGAAGGAAAACUCUGCUCAAGGAAGGACGGAAGCCCGCGCUGUCCUCGUGGACCAGGUACUGGGUCAUACUCUCAGGAUCCACCCUCCUGUACUACGGAGCCAAGUCCUUGAGGGGCACAGACAGAAAACACUAUAAAUCCACACCUGGCAAAAAGGUCUCCGUCGUGGGCUGGAUGGUGCAGCUGCCUGAUGACCCUGAGCACCCGGACAUCUUCCAGCUGAAUAACCCCGACAAAGGCAAUGUUUACAAGUUCCAGACUGGUUCCCGGUUUCAUGCAAUACUGUGGCACAAGCAUUUGGAUGACGCAUGUAAAAGCAACAGGCCUCAGUCUCUGCAGGACUUAAAGUGACUUCAGAGGCCUCUGGGAGCCGGCCUGGGACUGGUGGCGAAGUGCGUGUCCGGGGCACAGGCCUUUGGUGGGGUGCUGGGAGACUCAGAGCUGGACUCAAGGGGACAUGGCCGAGGCCUCACAGUCCAGAGGGCUCCACCGGUGCGGGGGUCCGCCUGCUGAUGCCCAGCCACCCCCAUGACCCCCGUUCUGCAGCACCACCUCACGGCGCCACGAUGGGUCCCCAGACUGUACAACCCGUCCUCCCUCCCUGGGCCCUCAUCCGUCCACCAGCUGCUGCUGCGACCAGAGAGCAUCCGUCCCACGUUGGGUCCCCAGUGCUUUCUCCUGCACAAAAGAGUGGACAGCGUCCCCCCGUGUGAGGGCUGGAGGAAAGGGACAGGCGGGGACUGGCUCCAGUGUGCCGGGUCUCUCGCCCACAGGGCUGCCUCAGAUUUUGUACAACCCCGAAGCGUCCUCUGCGUGUGCGUGCCGUGUCUGUGUGCGUGCAAGCGAACGAGCGUGGACUCUCCGAGAAACAUGCAUUUUGGCACAAGACUCGCGACAUCACACACUUCAUUCUCUUUGAGGCCCUGCUUUAACCUUAAGCGAUAGGCUGGUCCACCGAGGAAGGUCAGAGUGAGAGCCCAGAUUCCUCCUGUGUUAAGGGUCCCUCGCAUUCUUUUACUGUAAACAAACAAUGCCUUAAAUUGUGUCUUGUUUUCUGUUCCUAUGGGUGCUAUUCAUCCGGAAGGCCUGCUCCCUGGGCCCCUGGGGCCCUUCCAGGCCUUGUUGCC